AUUUGUUCUGUACCAAAAAUAAAGACUACGCUCCAGCCACUUCCCCUACAGCUCGCCGAUGGAAAAUUCAAGAAAAAUGCAUAAAUAAACUGAUAGAAAAUAGAAAUUCUGAAAAAUUCUCAAGAUUUAGAGGUCUCUAGUAUGAUAGUUAUUCGGCGCUCAAAAUAGGAUUCCUGUAUUUGGAUCUCCUAUAACAAAAUCCAAUCAAUGAUCUGAAUUUUGCGUCAGCAAAUUUCCAGCCGUACCAGUAAAGAAAAAGAACAAAUAUGACCCAACCAUCUGUGGUUCUUGCUACUGCGAGCUAUGAUCACACCAUUCGGUUCUGGGAGGCAAAAAGCGGGCGGUGCUAUAGGACCAUCCAGUAUCCAGAAUCUCAAGUGAAUCGGCUAGAGAUUACGCCAGAUAAAUGCUACCUGGCUGCAGCAGGAAAUCCUCAUAUUCGGUUAUUUGACAUUAAUUCAAAUAGCCCUCAGCCUGUGAUGAGCUAUGAUUCGCACACCAAUAACGUAAUGGCAGUUGGAUUUCAAUGUGAUGGAAAUUGGAUGUAUUCGGGUUCUGAAGAUGGCACAGUGAAGAUUUGGGAUUUGAGGGCUCCAGGUUGUCAGAGGGAAUAUGAAAGUCGUGCUGCAGUUAAUACUGUUGUUUUGCAUCCAAAUCAGACCGAGCUGAUAUCUGGGGACCAAAAUGGCAACAUUCGUGUCUGGGACUUGACAGCAAAUUCAUGCAGCUGUGAAUUGGUUCCUGAGGUGGACACAGCUGUACGAUCUUUGACCGUGAUGUGGGACGGAAGCUUGGUAGUGGCAGCAAAUAAUCGUGGGACAUGUUAUGUUUGGCGCUUGUUGCAGGGGACCCAAACAAUGACCAACUUUGAGCCUCUUCAUAAGCUGCAGGCUCAUGAUGGAUACAUCCUUAAAUGUCUCCUUUCCCCCGAGUUGUGUGAUCCUAAUCGGUAUUUGGCUACCGCGUCUGCUGACCAUACUGUGAAGAUAUGGAAUUUAGACGGCUUUACCUUGGAAAAGACACUAGUCGGGCAUCAGCGGUGGGUUUGGGACUGUGUUUUCUCGGUGGACGGUGCCUUUUUAAUCACAGCUUCCUCUGAUUCAACAGCAAGACUAUGGUCCAUGUCUAAUGGUGAGGAAAUCAAAGUCUAUCGUGGGCAUCAAAAAGCAACAGUUUGCUGUGCUCUUCAUGAUGGGACCGAACCUUCUUCGUGCUGAACCUAGAUGGCAUGUUUGGUGUACUGCAUACCAUGCAGUUCAAUGAAAGGGAUUUUGGCUUCAUUUUCAUUUUAAAUAUUGUUAGACUAAUCCCUCACCAAACAUGCGAAGAAUGUACUUCCUCCAUUAAGUGAAAUGUUCCAAUACAAUCCUGAGGCUAAACUCCUUACAGAAUGUCUUUUACAAGUUAGAUUUGAUUUCAAAUUUCACCGGUUCACUUGUAUGCUUGUUUUUGUGAAUAUGGCAUGUUUCAACUUAUUUUAGUUUGACUGUUUAACAGC